GCACUAUUUGUAUCCCCUUCAAACCUUUCGCUUCUCCUCAUUUCUGAUUCUCUUCCCGUGAGAUUCUGGAUGAUAAAUUUUCCAUUUUCAUAUAUUUCACAGAAAAAAAAAAUUCAAUCUCCUUGAAAAAUGUAUAUUUAUUUUUUCUAGAGAAAUAAAUAAAAAUUGUUCCAAUCUGUGACUACUCUCUUCCUUCCUCUCUUUCGGUUUCUCUUUGUGUGUUUCAUCACAAAAAAGGAACUGCAUUCAUUGAUCACAGAAAAAAUAAUAAAUAUUCAAAGAAGAAGAAAGAGAGAGAUUCAAAGUGCAGAAUAUGAAUGGAGUCACACACCAUGAACAAGAUGAUUCUGAGUUUGUUGAAGUUGAUCCAACUGGGAGAUACGGCAGAUACAAUGAAAUCCUCGGCAAAGGAGCUUCUAAGACAGUAUAUAGAGCAUUUGAUGAGUUUCAAGGGAUUGAAGUUGCUUGGAAUCAGGUCAAGCUGUAUGAUUUCCUGCAGAGCCCUGAAGAUCUUGAAAGGCUUUACUGUGAAAUCCAUCUCCUGAAAACUUUGAAGCACAAAAACAUUAUGAAAUUUUACACCUCAUGGGUUGACACUGCUAAUAGGAAUAUCAACUUUGUCACUGAAAUGUUCACCUCUGGUACACUGAGACAGUAUAGGCUGAAGCACAAGAGAGUUAACAUCAGAGCAGUGAAGCAUUGGUGUAGACAGAUCCUGAGAGGACUUAACUAUCUUCAUAGCCUUGACCCUCCUGUGAUCCAUAGAGAUCUCAAAUGUGAUAAUAUUUUUGUCAAUGGAAACCAAGGGGAAGUUAAAAUUGGGGAUCUUGGUCUCGCCGCAAUUUUACGCAAAUCCCAUGCUGCUCAUUGUGUAGGAACGCCUGAGUUCAUGGCCCCAGAAGUUUAUGAAGAGGCAUAUAAUGAAUUAGUUGACAUAUAUUCCUUUGGGAUGUGCAUAUUAGAGAUGGUCACAUUUGAAUAUCCUUAUAGUGAAUGCACUCAUCCAGCUCAAAUAUACAAGAAAGUUAUUUCUGGGAAAAGGCCAGAUGCUUUGUAUAAAGUGAAGGACCCAGAAGUGCGCCGAUUUGUAGAGAAAUGCUUGGCCACAGUUUCUCUAAGGCUUUCUGCAAGGGAGCUUCUAGAUGACCCGUUUCUCCGAAUAGAUGAUUAUGAAUAUGAUUUGAGACCUACAGACAGUGGGGAAUUCAACGACUUUGGUCCGCAUAUCAGACAGCCAUUCUUUGAUCUUCAGCGAAGCUAUAGUAACUUCAGUAAUGAAUACUCGAACGGCUUUGGUUAUGAAGGAGACUGGUCUUCUCACCCAGCUGAGAUUGAAACUAGUGGAAUUGAACUUUUUGAGUACCAUGAUGAUGAGCCCUCUGAACAUGUGGACAUUAGCAUCAAGGGAAAGAGGAAAGAUGAUGGAGGCAUAUUUUUGAGACUAAGAAUUACUGAUAAAGAAGGUCGUAUUCGAAAUAUUUACUUCCCAUUCGACAUAGAUAUGGACACAGCAUUAAGUGUGGCUACUGAAAUGGUAGCAGAACUCGACAUCACUGAUCAGGAUGUUACCAGAAUAGCAGAUAUGAUAGAUGGGGAAAUUGCUUCUUUGGUACCUGAAUGGAGACCAGGACCAGGAAUCGUCGAAACUCCCCGUUUUUCGAGUCAAGGUUUCUGUCACAAUUGUGUGUCUAAUCAUACUUCUAGUGGCUCCCUUCUGGAGUUUCUUUCACAUAAUCAGGGGCAACAUCUCGAGUGCUGUAAGCAUGGAUGUGCUUCAAUGCAUGGUCGGUUUGAGGAGAUCACCUUCCAAUCUGAGGAGUAUGACAGACAUGUUACAGAGGAUCUGAAAAUAUCAAGCCAAUCAAAUCACUUGCAGUAUCAGGAGUUAUGGAAUCAGCACGAAAGUCGUGAACUGAGUCCCGUGGAGUCUGAUCUAAGCCAUUCUGAUGAACAAUAUGAACAAUUAUUAGAUAAAACAGUAUCAGCUGAAGAUAAAGGACAGGAUGUUUGUGAAAACAAGUUCGCCCCCAAUACAAAUUCCUUAAGAAAUUUGUCAGGAACUCAUGAUUUCUCCGCUGUCCGUUCGUUGUACUGUGACCUCGAGGAUGACUAUGGGAAAGAGAUUCAAACGGAACUGAGAUGGCUCAAAGCAAAAUACCAAAUGGAGUUAAGGGAAAUCAAGGAUCAACAGUUGGGGCUAACAGCUAAAUCUUCACACAGUAGUAACAGAGAGGACAAUGCAGAUUAUGGCAUUAUGCCACUUUCACUGGCAGAAAUGUUAAAAGGAGGUAACUGGAAUUGUGAUUUGAGCAACCAUAAAAGCAGCCCCAAUUUUGACACCCAAAGGGCGCAAAUUUGCGAGGCGAUGGAAUCCAUUGGGGAAGGUACAGCAAAGGGUUUUCACACAGGUUCGUUGAUUCCACACUCUUUGCACAGGACAGUUUCCCUCCCAGUUGAUGCUGUUGAUGUAUGAUUUUCUGAGGCAGUAGUGAGAAGCACUCAUUUGAUUCUUUUGUAGAGAUUAUAAUGAUAUAUGUAAAUCCCCAUAUAGAGGCUACCUUAUUUCAAUUACAUCCCACCCUCUUUUACUAGGAAUUUCUAUUUAUCCAUAUGGAAACCUGUAGCUACUAGUUAUGAUUGGUUUUCCCUCAAACUCAUCAAACAUACACUCUGUUAUUUAUUGACAGAAAAAGAUGAUUUCGGUGCGUGUUUGGAUAAACGUUGUCAAAAUGCGAGUAGGAGAUUUAUGUCGGAUACAUUUAUGAUAAAGAUGAUUUUUAUGUAGUAAUGUUCUGAAUUUCAGUUGUGAAUUUUAACAAUUGAUUAUGUC